AUUUAUCAUUAUAUAUCAGUAUCAGUGGACACUAUACGGUAUUACAUCAAGACACAAGACAGUAAAGUUCUAGAAAUCCAAGAACGUGAAGAACGUGGCUGAAACCGACUAAAUAAUACUAAGACUUUCAAACUUCAAACUCUUUCGGUUACAAUAGAUUAAGUUCAUAUUUUGAACCCAUUAAACGGCAUGUCGACUGGUCUUAAAACAGUCGAUUUCGAGGUGUUCGGACAUGUGCAGAAAGUUUUUUUUCGCAAAUGCACUCAGGAACAUGGUAAACAAUUGGGCUUACGGGGUUGGUGUCAAAAUACGCCAAAAGGCACAGUGAUUGGCACUAUACAGGGACCGCCAAAUAAAGUUGCCGAGAUGACUACCUGGUUGCGAGACGUCGGAAGUCCGGCCAGUCAAAUCGAUAAGGUGGAAUUGAAGAACGAACACACCAUAAGCGAUUAUACAUACUCGGAUUUCGAUAUUGUUAGAAAGAAAAUAUGAUGAUCAUUAAUAUUCUUGAAUGUCUAUGACAUGUUGACAAUGUUGGUGGAUACGAAAACAAAUAUAUUUUAUAAGCUUUAUAUUAUACAACAAUAUUUUGUCGAUUGAUUUUUGGAUAAUCGUUAUAUUUAUUAAAUUGUACCUAGUGUUGUGUUUAGUUAAGAUCAAUUAAUAUUUUGUUUAUGAAAACAAUAUUCUAACUAAAUAAACCACUCAUGUUAGACAAUUUGUAAAAUUUUUACAACAUUAAUCAAGUUGCAGGGCAAGUGAGACAACUCUAUUUUUUAAAAUUUUUCAAUAUAAUUUAAGUAUAACCUUGGGGUUGUUUGUUUUUUCAACAGAAAAAAAUAGACGUCUCCCGUUACAUUAUAUUUCCUAUAUGGGUGGGAUUUAUCUCGUUUUUGCACAGAUGUACUCGUCACAUUUUUCUCAAUUGAAAACAGCUAAAAAGGGAGUUGUUUUGUUUUUGCACGGACUUCUUCAAUUAUUGUUUGCUUAAACUUCUUAUUGAAAUUGUAUUUACAAUCAAAUGAAACAAAAAUUUUUUUUAAUGAUAUCUAGGUACUAACAAUUAAUUAUUGCUCUGAUUUAACUAUACCAACAAGCUAUAUUAUAAUAUAUACUU